GUGUUGUUGCAUUAACAUGAAAAUAACUUCCUUAUAAUUCACGACAUGUGUUUCCUCCACAAAUAACCGUUUUCUAACACUGCAACGCGAAAACUAACGCAGAGGAAGAAGAUUUAAAGAUGGGUUACAUGAUGGUAGAAGAGCACAGCGCCACGCUGCUCCACCUGAAGAGAUCUCCAGGCCUGCGCUCCUGGUCUCUGCUCGUUGGUAUAUCAUCUGUUGGGUUGGCGGCUGCAUACUACAGCUCAGACAGUAUGUUGUGGAAGCUCUUCUACGUGACGGGCUGCCUGUUUGUGGCCAUGCAGAACAUGGAGGAGUGGGAGGAGGCCGUGUUCGACAAAACCAAAAACCUGAUCGAGCUCAAGACCUUCAGUCUGUACGCUUUAGUGCUGACGCUGUGGAGGAAAGGCCACGAGAAAGUUGUGCUGGAUCUGACCCAGCUGUGUGACGUCUGCGUUCAGGAGGAGAAGGUCAGAUAUCUGGGGAAGGGAUACCUGCUGAUGCUGAGGCUGGCUGCGGGGUUCUCCUACCCCCUCACCCAGAGCGCCAUGCUGGGGGGGCGCAGUGAUGUGGAGGCGUUGGCUGCUUUGUUGAAACGUUUCCUGGGUCUGGAGGAGCUGCAGCAGCGCAGGGAGAAAGAGGAGGAGGCUCAGUAUGCAGGAGAGGAAGAGGAGGAAGAGGAGAAUUCUCUGGAUAACAGCAGUGAUUCAGAGGAAGAAGCAGAAAAACUCUGAUCUCUCUGAACGCAUCACAGAGGGUCCAGGUUUACUGAUACUGUUAGCAUGAGCAUGAAACAUCUAGCCUCUUCCAGAUUUUUUUUUUUGAUACGUCAGGUGGGAUAACGGCAGCUUUGGGAGGCUAGAGUAAAAUAUUUAAAUGACAUUUUUCAUGUGACUGGGACGGCAACAUUAUCAAAUUGAAGUACACUAUGUCAUUUUUGUUUGGUGUCAUAGCUGAUCGUUGCAAUCAGUUUCUCCUGGUUAGGAUUAUUUCGUUUUUCAUCGUUCAGGAGGUUUUUAACAGAAGCCAAAUUAUCCACAGAGGUCUCCUUACAAAAAAAGCACUCCUCUUGUUUAAAACUGAUGAAAACCCCUGAAUAAAUCAAGUUUUUCAUAAAAAAUCACUGUUUCCCUGGUAGACACUGCUACAAGCUAACUGCUAAUGUCUGCUCUGCUUGUUUAUCUGAUAAUUUAAAAUCCAGAUGUUUGAUCAAUUAAGUAUUAAGGAGGAUUUUAAUUGAAGCUGAACAAUCCACUGACGUCUUCUCCUCUCCAAAACAAACACAUGUAUUGAGUAAAACCCCUUAAUACACUGAAUAAAUCAGUUAUACGUUAAAAUCAGUGUUUCUCCAACACUGUUUGGAUGGUAGCAAUAGCAUCCAAACACAGAUUACAUACAGAUUAAAUACAGAUUAAAAGAAACAUUUGACCUGCAGCAGAAUUAUAUACAGAGGUGUCCUCCUCUUUGAAACAAACAUUCAUUCAGUAAAACCGAUAAAUACACUGAAUAAAGCAGUUUUACUUUUAAAAACCAGUGUUUCUCCAAUGCUAUUUGGAUGCUAGUUUAAGGCUAACGUUAGCUCAGCUUGUUUCUUUGGUAACUUAAGGUCCAGAUGUCCGAUUACUAAAAUCUUUCAUCUGGUUAAAGAGGUAAACAAAUCCUACUGAAUAUACUAAAAGUGUAUGCUAAAAAUGUGGCUUAAAAUUGUAUAAAAAGUCAAUUUAUGACAGCUUCUGGAAAACGCUGACUCAUGCUAAAUCCUAAGGGCUAACGUUUGCUCAGCUUGUUUCUUUGGUAAUUUAAGGUCCAGGUGUCUGUUUACUAAAAUAUCUUUCCCCUGGUUAAAAUAUAGAGUUAAAACCCAUCUAUAUAUACAUAAUGUAUGCUGAAAAUGUGGCUUAAAAUUGUAUAAAAAGUCAAUUUAUGACAGCUUCUGGUAGACAAUGCUGACUCAUGCUAAUGUGACGCCUUAACAGGAGAUAUUACAAAUUUCCCUGAAUAUACACAUCUCAAAUAAAUAUAUAACAUAGGUCUUGUUUUAAGAAAUGUAAUGUGGAAAUGUUACAUAUUAGACCCUUUUUUAAAUGUUUUGUCAUCCAUCCAUUUGUCGGCAAACCUUCGAACAAUUUUACGAAAUAUGUAAAAACGUUCUUUCUCUGUAAAUGAAGAUGCCUUAGCUUUUUGAUCUAAUUACUGUUUGGGAAUACACUCCAGAUUAACUGUGCCUUCCUACUGAACUCUAAUGAGUGUUUAUGGGUGUAAAUGAAAAGGAAAGUGCUUUUUCCCCAGAGUGUUGUGGGACCACCCAGAUAAUAAUCACCUUUAGCAUGUUGAGAUGAACGUAUGUGCAAACUGUAAUCAAGCGUGAAGGAUUUUCAUGGCUCAAUUAAGAGUACAUUAUAUGUGAAAUGCUUUGACUUAUGGUAGUUUUUCUGUUCUUUUUUUAAUACCUUAUGUGAACCAAAGACUGAAUCUCAGGCAAACUAUACCCUUUUUUUCUGUAUUGUGUAUAAAAUGGUGUCUGUAUCUCCAAUACACUUUUUGUCAAAUUCAGCGAAUAACUCCUCAAUGUCAGAAAACAGGUUUUAAAUGUAGACCUUUUUUACCCAGACUUUACCUUUUACUUUAGAUUAAUGUCAGUGUCUUCUGUUCUCUUAAAAAGAAAAUGAGAAUUGUGAUUGUUUGUUGAUUCAUUAGUCUUUGCUUAUUUUGGAAGGAAUUAUAUAAAAUGAUUUUAUAACUAAA